GGAAACAGCUGCUCGGUGUCCGGUGUUUUACCGAGAGCUGACUCCGGGACUUUCACUUUCGCUUCAGCUCGACUUCUGUUCAUGUGACUUCUGAUCAGUUCAGUCCAGAUCUGCUCCAGAAUCAGGAAGCGUUGAGUUUUAGAUACUUUCGAUUUCGUCUGAAUUAUGUCUCAAACCGAGAACAGAGCGAACGGCGAGCUUCUUGAAGACAUGAGCAACGCCGAGGAGCAAAUCAAGAAAUACAAGGAUCUCGUUGAGUCUGCAGACAACGGGAGAUCCAGGCUGCUGCUGGAAAAGGCCGAAGCAGAGACCGAAAAGAGAAAAGCCGAGACAGAGCUUCAGAGCUUCAUGGACGAUGAAGAAAGGAGUUUUAAAAAGUUUAAUAUAGAUCUUCAAGAAGUGCAUGAGGAGAUGAAGAGUCUGGAUCGAGUGAACCAGGAUCUGAAGAGAGAACUUUAUGAUCUUAAGAAGAAGCUCCAGCUCAAGAGAGAAGAAAGUGAUUCUCUGCAGCGCAAAUUCAAGAUAGAAGCCAGAAUCCCGAUGAAGCCGGUGAAGUUUGAGCGUGUUCUGGACAGAGAGGAGUGUGAUGAAGAUGAUGAUGAUGAUGAUGGUGAUCAGGUGCGGUCUGUGUUCACCGUCACCCAAAGACCCUCGUUUCUGCUGAAAGGAGGCCAGGCGCUCAUCACCUUCGAGGAGGAGAAGGUGGCGGAGCAGAUCCUUCGACUGGCCAAGUGCUCGGUGGCCUGCGACAAAGCCAAGAUGGACGUGAAGCCGUACGCUUUAUCCCUGGAUCCCUCCGUCAAGUUUGAGGUCCAUAUCCAGGUGUCAAAGAAGAGCAUCAGGUUCUCUAAAGCCCCGCCCACUUUACCUGAGGAGCGAAUGAGAGACCGGCUGGAGCUGUCCUUCUCCAGAGUGAGUCGUGGUGGAGGAGAGGUGGAGAAGCUGGAGUACCACAGGGAUACGGGCUCGGGCCGCGUCACGUUCCUCAACACCGGAGUCGCAGAGAAUCUGGUUCAGCGAGGAUCGUUUCGUGUGGACACCGGCAGCGACGCAGCGGUGCUGGAGCUUCUUCCUCUGUACGACUAUAAGCUCAGGAAGUUUCAGACGUACUCGGGCGCUCCGACUCGCACCGUGCUGCUGGGAGGAAUCCAGCCGCUGAUGGAUGAAGAAGACCUCCAGGAUCAUCUGGAGAUACACUUCCAGAAGCCCAGCAACUACGGAGGAGAAGUGGAGAACAUCAGAUACGUUCCUGAAGGAGAUCAGCUGAUGGCUUUCUUCAGCGAGGACAUCCCAGAAAAGGAAGAUUGAGGGUCCUAUAAAAACCAGGGUUUUCUUAGAAUCUGUGAUAUAUAUAUCUUUGGGAUUUCCCUUUGGAUUAUAUCAAGCCUAUCUCCUCACUGUCUUUAACAAUAUGACAAAACUGAGCAUCAUAAAAUAUGAUUGUAAUUAAAGCAGAUGUAGGUUAAAUGUAUUUAAAUGAGAAUCAGAUUGAUAUUUUGUUCAAACAUAAACUGCUCCGUCUUAAAUUUGUGAUGUACAGAUGCUAUAUUAAAAGAAAGUGCAUUCUAAUGUCAUCUGCAAUGGAUUGCUUCUAAAACUCACUCAGUUUUGAGUGAACUGCAUGAACUGAAAGUCUUCAGAUAAAGUCAGAUCCAGUCUGGGUAUUUCUAUAGUGCUUUUUUAGCUUGUUUUUAUAUAGGGCACAAUACAGAUUGUGUCGAAGCAGCUUUACAGUAAUAAAGUAGCGUGUCGUAAUAUUGUGGACAAAUAAAGACACGGCUGGAAAUGA